UUUGAAGUUGAAGGAGAAAUAAUAACUGUUACUGAAAAUAAUGUUUGAUAUAAAUGAGUCUUCAACUCUUUUCAGCCCGAGGACGAGAGACAAACAGAACAUGGAUAAUUGAAGAUUGUCAGUUAUAAUGAGAAGAAUUGGCCGACCCCCUGCAGUACCUUUGUGGACCCCCUAAGGGCCGUAGACCCCUGGUUGAAGACCCCUGUGUCAGGUGACCUGAGAUCAGUCAUGGCUGUGUAGUAACCCUUUCAGCUCUUGUUGUUUAUGAGGACUGAACUUUUCUUCAGACACACAGCUGACUCGAUAUUCACCAGCAGGUUUGCUUCUGUUUGUGUUUGUUACUGUGUUAAUAUAAGAAGUGGUCAGACUGAAGGUUAGGGUUAGGUUUGGUUAUGGUUAGGUUUGGUUAGGGUUGGUUAGGGUUACUGCUGGGGGCGGCAGAUAGAUGCAGUUCCUGUAGUCUCCUCUGGGGGCGGUAGAUAGCUGCAGUUCCUGCAGUCUCCUCUGGGGGCGGUAGAGAGCUGCAGUUCCUGUAGUCUCCUCUGGGGGCGGUAGAUAGCUGCAGUUCCUGCAGUCUCCGCUGGGGGCGGUAGAUAACACACGAGCUGUUUAGUACCCGUCUACCCACAAUGCCUUGCGUCCUUCCGGCUCCAUCCACUCCACAGACCUAAGAUGGCGGACCGGCGGCGCAGGCGGCGGCGCGCGUCUCAGGACAGCGAGGACGAGGACGGGUCCGGUUCGGGCUCGGACAGCGGGAGGUCCGGCUCCCCGGCCACCAAGAGCCGGGGCAGAGAGCCGGACCCGCCCGAGGCGGCGGCGGCCCGCGUGGAGGCGAAGAGCGAGGAGUCCGAGUGUGAGAGUGAGGACGGAGUCGGAGAAGCUGUCCUCUCCGACUACGACAGUGCAGAUCCAGAAGAGAACGGCUCCCAUUCAGAGGGAGUGGAGGAGGAAGAGGAGGCCGAACAUUACAGUGACGAAGAAGCUCCAGCAGCAGCCGGCGAGCCCAAACCCCCCACUGCUGCUGAUGGCCCAGUGAAGGAGGAGGAGGAGCAGGAGCACGGUGAAGAGGAGGAGGAGCAGGAGGAGGAGGCGACAGAGGGGGAGGGACAAGGACCGAGUAAAGAGGAGAACAAGGCCGAAGAGAAAGGGAACCUAGCCGGAGAGAGACAGAGUGGAGACGGACAGGAGUCGACAGACGACCCUGAGACGAAGGCCGGAGGUAAACCUGGUCAGAAGCUCGACGAUGACGAGGACAGGAAGAACCCGGCUUACAUCCCGAGGAAGGGUCUGUUCUUCGAGCACGACGUCAGAGGGCACGCUCAGGAGGAGGAGAGACCAAAAGGCCGGAACAGGAAGUUGUGGAAGGACGAGGGUCGCUGGGAGCACGACAAGUUCAGAGAGGAGGAGCAGGCGCCCAAGAGCCGCGAGGAGCUCAUCGCCAUCUACGGCUACGACAUCCGGAACGGGGGCAGCUCUGGAGACCGAUCGUACAGGCAGCGCAGACCCAGACAGAGUAUGUCUCCCAGCAGAGACAAGCGAUGGAGAGACGGAGGAGAGCGUCCAGUCCGGUCCUGGCAGAGUGGAGGAGGAGGAGGAGGAGGAGGUCUGAACCGAGGAGGAGCCCCUCCACCUUCAUCGAUCCACCCCUCCUCCACAUCCCCCUCCUCUCUCCCACUUUCUCACGCUCAACGCAGCAACAAUCCCUCCAGACCGCCUCCCGCCCGCAGCAGACCGCCCCACCAGAAUCAAAUGCACCUCCUGCCCCAGCAGUACAGGAAUAAUGAAUCAAACGCACCCCAGAUGCAUCCCAGAGAACGGCAGGGCCCCAAAGCUCCACCCGAGCACACAGAUAGAGACAGGGGUGUGGUCAGAGGAGGGCGUGUUGGUGGUGGGCGGGGCGGUUCUUCUGUGGUCAUCGAGGACGUCACAGUCAGCCAAGGAGGCGUUCGGGAACAGGACCUCAGUGUUGGAACGACGGCGGCGUCACAGCCGGGCGGUUACAAAUCUGCAUCGCCAAGGCGGCAGCAGCAGGAGCAGCGAGGGAGCAGCGACAGACCUGCGUCGGGAUUGGCUGCUUCCUCCUCCACCUCUGACCCCUCCCCCCAGUCAUCAGCUGCAGCGACCAAUCGGGAAGCCUCUCCUCCCACCGAGCGGCCGGUGGAGCGUAAAUCGUACUCGCUGGCUCGCAGGACUCGCUCUCGACCCGCCGACCUGGGCAGCAAACAGGCGUCUGUGGAGGAGUCGGCAGCCGGAGGGAACAAUGCCUCCUCCCCGAGCAGCGUGGGAGGGAAGAGCUGGGUGGGAGCAGGUGAAGGGGCGAGUCACACAGGUGGAGGAGGAGGAGGAGGAGGAGGAGGUGGAGGAGGAGCGGCGAUGACAGAGCUGGACCAGGACGUAGCUCGACUGAGUCUGCAGAGCUGGAGUCAGAGCCCGACGUCCUACAUGCGCUCUGAGAUGAGAGGCCUUCCUAACCAGAUGCACAUGCCCGGAGCUCAGCCUCAGUUCUCCGGCAUGGAGGAGAUGGGUGUCGGCUCCAACCGGGCCAAACGUUACUCCUCUCAACGACAGCGAGCCGUACCUGAGCCGGCACCGCCCAUGCACCUGGGGGUGAUGGAGGGACACUACUACGAACCCAUGUCCUAUCAGGGACCAAUCUACGCCCAUGGGGAUGGCCCCGCCCCCAUCCCGCCCCAGGGCAUGCUGGUCCAGCCGGAGAUGCACCUCCCUCACCCCGGUCUCCAUCCCCACCAAUCAGGCGGUCCGAUCGCUAACCCCGCCCUGUACGGAGGCCCACCUGUUUCUCUGUCGCCAGGGCAACCACAGCAGCUGCUACCACCACCGCCUUUCUACCCUCCGCCUGGAGUCAUGACCUUCCCUUACCCCGCCAUGUACCCGAGUCCACAGGGUCAGGCCCAGGUGACCUACGGAGGCGUGACGUACUACGACACGAUGCAGCAGCAGGCUCAGCCCAAACCGUCUCCGCCCCGCCGCACGUCCCAGCCCGUCACCGUCAAGCCCCCCCCUCCGGAGGUGCACUUCGCCUCAGAGUGACCCCGCCCCCUCGCCCCUCCCCGCCACCCAGUCUCAGCCUCACUCUGAUCACAGAACUACAGGAGGGAUGGGAGGGUCCAACGGCAACCACCGACCUUAUCCAGGGAGGGCGGGACGGACAGACAGGCGGGUGGACGGACGGACGGGUGGACGGACGGAGGUGCAGACGGACUCUGCAGGUGACCCCUCAGCAUCACUGAUGGAAAGACUUUCCUCUUUUCUUUUUUUUUCUUCUCUUUGUUUUGGACCCGGUAGCGGUCCGUUGGCGGGGCGGCUGUGUGUUGCCGCGUCACGAUUGGACCGCUCUGUAACUCUGCAGUCGCAGGUUUGAUCCCACCAGCGUGUCUCCGACCCUGAAAACUGCUGAGUCACAGUUGGAGCUCGCGUUGGGAUCAGAGCUGGCGGAGGUUUUUUCUUUUCAGCGUUGGCGGCAGUAUAAACGGUUUGUGUGUGGAGGUGGAGGUGACUCCGCCCUCUACGUCAGCUCUUCUCUGUGAGACGUUUGUGUGGAUCUGAAUGUUGAUCGCCGACCCGGUGCUUUCUGAAAACGUCCACGUGUUCCCGUCACGUCAGAUAUGAACUUCUUUGUCUGCGUUCAACAGCUCUGCGUUUGUCACUGUAACGUUACUCUAACGUUACUCUAACGUUACUUUAACCUGUCGUGUCCCAGACCAGAAGCUCAAAUAUACUCAGAUAUAUUGAGACGUCUCACGAUGUCCCAAAGAUGUUUAAAGAUAUAAAAUAUAUUAAAGAAGCUGCAGUGAUCCACAUGUGGACCGGGCUCGGCUCUGAAUGUUCUGCUCCAGACGUUUCCCUCAGAUUAUUUUCUGGUUAAUCUACCACAAGGAAGUAUGUACAUUAAAUGUUUUAUUUUGAAAAUUGAGCUGACUUCCUGCUGUGAUCAGCUCUGCACGCGGUGGAGUCGAGCAGGUGGAGACGGGCUGAACCCGGUCCAGUCUGCAAACUGCUGCAGGUCAGAUUAACCAAUCAGGGCGCAGCUUACAGGACUGACGUCACUCAAAAUCACCUUUUAAUUCACAUCCGUCACAUUAGACCAAGACCCCGCCUUCUUUCACACAGUUUAUGCAAAUAACAAGCGUUACCAUGGCAACAGCUCAGACACACCGCGACAGUGUUGGACCGGUUCUGUGGCGCUGAAAGGUUUUCCCGUGACGCGGUCGGUGCGGCUGUUCUCACUGUGUGCUGUUGAACCGAGCGGCGCCGGCCCUUUAAAACUCGACACGAAAAGUUGCACAAAAGUCAGUCGCCGGUCGGAGACGAGCCGUUUGCCGUCGCUGUACAUAGAAAUGAAAAUGUGUAUAUAGAAGCUUGAACAGAAACUUUAGCAGUAAACAGAUUCUAAUACAUGGACAGAGCAGUCGGCAGGGACUCGAGCGUUAACGUGGACGUGAUGUAGAGACGUAGAGACGAAGACAAAGCUUUAGCUUCCACUGUUUGUUUCAUUUAUCACGUUUGUUUUUAUUAGUAAUAUUUCUUUGGUUCAUGCGUUCACGGCGUGAAGACGAAGGCGCAGAGGAAACCACUCUGAUUUGUCUGUUUUCAGACAUGAAGGUAACCACAUGCCCGUUAAGUUCUCCUCUGCUUCCUGUUUGCUUCACUUCACAAUAAAAGACCAUCAUCCAGAUCGCCUGCGAGUUCAUCCCGACACAGAAAGUCCAGACGGCGACUCAGUUUGUCUGUCGAUCAGGUGACCUGCUGUACGUCUUUGUGACUGAGCGGCGACUCUUUUCUUGUUUUCAAUCUGUGCAGCGAGGUAACGGUUCUACAGUCUGUCGUCGUCUAAAGUAUAUAUCAGAAAAUAUUCACGCAGCGUUGUUUUAUAUUCACGUCAGUAACAGACAAACUCGUGAACUGAAGUCGAAGUCAUGCAGAAACAUGUUUUAAAAUGUUGGUGUUCUUUCUCCGUGAAAUGAAGCCGCCGCCUCCGUCACAUUUUGUGAUGUCAGAAAAACACGCCGGACUCGACGAGUGUUCGGUUCUGAUGGAACCGCUCCGAGUCCUUUAACACAGCGAGUCACCUGAAAAUGAGACGAUAUCACGAUGACCUGACGUUGGUUUGAGUUUCUUCGACGCCUCUGAAGCUCCGGUCCGGCUGCAUAUAUUUGAUUUAUUCUGAACAAUUAUUACCAGCAGUAUUACGGCGUGUUACCACCUGAUUUAUGAGCGCGGGAGUUUAAUUUCUAAUUUACAAAAAGAGACGAUGAAAACUUGAAGAUGGUCGUGUUUUAGGGGGAGGGGGAGGGGGAGGAGGGUGUGCAUCCAUCCUUCCUCAUUCAAGCUGACGGCUUCAGCUCACUGCAGCUCAGAAGACUGACGGACUGGAGCUCGUUUAUCUGUCGAUUCUGAAUCUGAUCAGACAUCGUCCAACUUUCUUCAUGUUUUAAAUUCUAAACUCACCUGAGCUGCAGGUGAGCUGACCGCUGAUCAGUUUGACAUGUCUGUUAACCUGAGCUGACACUGUUCACUGUGACGGCAGUUUGUUUUAAUGUUACGAUGAUGGUGGUGAUGAUGAUGAUAAGUGCAUCAAUGGUUUUGUUUCUGUUUGUUUGUCGUCCACUCAGAAGAUCAAUAAAGAUCAUAAUAAUAAAAA